GAAAGACUGGAUACCUUCCCAACAUAAUGUCCAAUUCACUCUUUGUCGCACUGAGUCUUUCAUUGUCAGAGAUCAGUCGGUAAAUCGGUCUUGGUAGGAGAUGCGGUAAGUGGUGCAAAUUGUGACUGAUUUUGUGAAUGUCGUUAAACUGACGUCAACCAUUUCCGGCUUUCUACGAGUGUGAUAACAGGGCUUGCUGGGCAUCUACUUUCCAUCCCAGGCACAGUAUCUUUAUACCUCAUUCUGUGCUGCUUUGAGUUUCGGCACCCUCAUCAUCAAUAUGACUACUCGUAACAUCCUCAUUACAGGCGCUACCGGUAAGCAAGGUGGUGGCGCCAUCAAAGCUCUCCUCGCUCAUCCUCCUCCGUUCGAGUUCCGCAUCCUAGCUCUCACGCGCAGCAGCACCUCCAAGUCCGCCAAAGCCCUUGCUGCGAAUCCCAAGAUCGAAGUCAUCGAAGGCGACCUACACCAUCCAGGUGCCAUCUUUACCAAAGCUGGAGGCGUUGGAGCAGUCUGGGGCGUGUUUUGUGUUACAAUACCCUCAAUGAAAAAGGAUGUCGAGAACAUGGAGAUGAAGCAGGGCAAGGACCUGAUUGAUGCAGCCAUAGCACACGACGUAAAUCACUUUGUCUACUCUUCCGUCGAUCGAGGAGGGCCCAACAAAUCCGAUUUUAAUGCUACGGACGUCCCACACUUUGUUUCCAAGUAUUGGGUCGAGAAACACCUAAUUGAGAAAACCCGAGGCACAAGCAUGACUUACACCAUCCUGCGACCCGUCGCUUUCAUGGAAAACCUGACACCAAAUUUCCCGGGGAGGGUCUUCGCAGCAAUGUGGGCAAACAUGGGUGACAAGGCACUACAGAUUGUGGCUACAAGAGAUAUUGGCGUUUUCGCCGCGCAAGCAUUUUCGGCCUCAGAGACGGAUGAAUACAAGAACAACUCGAUCAGCCUGGCAGGUGACACCCUCACACAAGCGCAGGCCAACGAAAUCUUUUGGCGAGCACUUGGCCGGCCGAUGCCACGUUCCUACGGAUUCAUGGCUGAUGCUCUGCAAUGGAUGGUGCCCGAAUUAGGGACCAUGUUCCGCUGGUUCGUCGAACACGGUUAUGGAGCUGACGAGGUCCAGUGUCGAAAGUUGAACAAGGAUAUGCUGAAUUUUGAAAGCUGGCUCAUCCAGGAAAGCGGGUUCAAACGGUAAAGGUGGAGGAUCGUAUGAUGGUCGUGGACUGACCAGACCAUCCAUGACACGUCUCUCUUCUCAUUCAUACCUACCUGCGCCCGCUUGGUGGUUUCGUCAGCGAAGAGCGACACAUACUUGGGUGGAUUGUAUAUAAUUGAAGGAUCCGAGCACGGCGUUUGGAGUUGGUCAAUCGGGCCCAUGACCAUGUAUAUUUGGAUUUCUGCAGGGCAUCCCGCCGAGAAGCAAGAUCCCAUCUGGAUCUAUUCCUGCGUCAAUAGCCGAGAGAUUCACGCCAUUGCUGGGGUAAUUUGAUAUCACGAGUUGUGAUCUAGCCAGUUCCUGCACGGCAGCACGGCAAGGAACUGGCCUGGAGAAUCCC